CUUAGCAUAACACAAGCUCCAAAAUCGCAAUCUUAUAAACCGAAGAGAGACUAUUUGUGGUGGUGUUCUAUCUGCGAAUCUGCAGACGAAAUAGAAAGCACGAAGCGAAUACUGUGAAGGAAACAUACAUAUAGCGUCAGGUAUUCCUGUUUGUCUUCUAAUUAACGCGCUUCUUCGAUUUAAACGUACAUUGAAGUUGUUACUGUUUUCUAACCUGAAAAAGCGACGAUUUACUGAUUUCAAAAUUAAAUUACUUUCAAAUAAUUAGAAGCAAAUUGUGGAAGACGUAGAGUUUUCCUUCUGAUAAAAGAAGUACAGUAUAGACGAGUUUCAGUACUGAUUGGUUUAUUGGAUUAUUUCAUUAUCUAAUAAGCCUAAAGAUUUUUGUUGGUGACUGUGUUGUAUCAUAAUUUCACUUGUAUUUUAUUAUAUCGUAUAGGAAUUCUUGCCUGUUGGAAACCGACUUCGUUUUAUCUUAGUAAUGCAAACCGCAACUUAUCCGGCGUCAUCUAGUGAUCAGGACAGCAAAGUGGACGGGUAUAUGGACCGACAGCCAGAAGAUAAACCCGAUUCCCCUGCUCAGAAUCAAACUAGUGAUGAAUCGCAAGAUCAAUCUUCAGCGGAAAAAGGUUCUUCAAAUAAUGUUUGGACUUCUGGUAUUCCUGCUGCAUUAGAAGAAGCAACUAUGACUCAGCCGGCACCGUCAACUUCUGAGGGACCUCAAGUAGAGACCAUGCAAUCCAUGCAACAAAAGGAGGUUGCUACACCUGAACAGCAAGCAUCUUCUAAUUUUACAGACAAAUCUGUCGCUUCAUCCAGCGAUGCCGCAUCUCGGAGCACCGAGAAUAAUCAAUAUAAAAAUACAGGCAAAAGCAUUGACAACGUUCGGGACCGUCAAAUGCGGAAAUCGCGACUUACGCAAUUGCUUGAUUUACAAAGAAAGCGAAUUCGUCCUGCAGAUCAUUCAACCAAAGGUCGCUAUGGAAUCCAAGACUUUGGUUUUCUUCAAACUUUAGGUACGGGUUCGUUCGGAAGAGUACAUCUUGUUCAAUCCAAGCACAACCGGUUGUUCUAUGCGAUAAAAGUUUUAGAAAAACGGAAGGUGGUAGACAUGAAGCAAGUGGAACACACUUGCGAUGAGCGGUAUAUCCUUUCUAGAGUUCAGCAUCCUUUCAUAACCAUUUUGUGGGGAACAUUUCAAGACGCUAAAAAUUUAUUUAUGGUCAUGGAUUUCGCAGAAGGAGGUGAGUUGUUUUCUCUCCUUAGAAAAUGCCAUCGCUUCCCAGAAAAGGUUGCAAAGUUUUAUGCUGCUGAAGUUAUAUUAGCUCUAGAUUACUUGCAUCACAACCAAAUUGUGUAUCGGGAUUUAAAGCCUGAAAAUCUUUUACUUGAUCGAUUUGGACACUUAAAAAUUGUCGAUUUCGGAUUUGCAAAGCGUGUUUCUACGAAUAAUUGUUUCACCUUAUGUGGAACCCCCGACUACUUAGCUCCUGAAAUUAUUUCCUUGAAGCCCUAUAACAAAGCCGCUGACUGGUGGUCUUUGGGUAUUUUCAUCUUUGAAAUGCUUGCUGGUUAUCCUCCUUUCUAUUCGGAAAAUCCUAUGAAACUUUAUGAGAACAUUCUUGAAGGCAGCAUUUCUUAUCCCCAAUAUUUCUCCCAAGCUAGCAUUGACCUUAUGGAUCAUCUUCUUCAAAGAGAUAUUACGAAUCGGUAUGGAAAUUUAAAAGAUGGAAGUAUGGAUAUCAUUAUGCAUCCUUGGUUCCGAGAUAUUAGUUGGGAUAAAAUCUUGACUCGUAAAGUUGAAGUUCCUUAUGUACCUCCAAUCCGUGCUGGCAUGGGUGAUUCGAGUCAAUUUGAGGCUUAUGCCACUGGGCCUACUAAUUAUGGUAACGAUGAGAAUCCAGAAUUCUCUGAUAUUUUCCAAGACUUUUAAGACUCUAAAUGAAUUGGAAAAUUUGAUAUUUAUUCUAUUUUUGGCAGUCGUAAAAGAAUAAAUCCUUGAAUUAUGAUGACUAUGAUUUGUAUGUUAUCUUGGAAUCCUUUUUGAUUGUUCUUUAUUGCUUUUUGGGUUCUAUAUAAUUGCUACCGAUUCAAUAAUUCGUCCUAUAAAUAUUUAUUAAUUUUGGCAUCGUGUGAACAUGUUUAUGUCUCAUGAUUGGUUAUGGACGGAUUAUAAAAAAGAAAUGCCAUAUGUUAUGCAUUUUAUACAAAAAGAAAAGAAAAGGUUUAUUGAUGAUUGUGAAGUCUUUUCCCUUAUUUCUCUUUUACAGUUUUGAUUUCUGUGACUAUUUAGCUUGCUUUCAAUGAAUCCUAAUAAAAAAUGCCUUCUACUUGCAAGUAAUAUCUGCAAAGUUGAUGUGCUUUUAUUUUUGCCUGUUCAAAUUAUUAACUAACGUUUUAAUUUAUCUCAUUAUUAAUAUCAUGAACAGUAAUAAAAUGAGAUUUUAAGUUCUC